GCGGGACAUUCAUCCGCCGUUUGUUUUCGGGUAUAUGUUAACGACGAUUGCGUCUCAUAGCGAGUUGCUUUUACUGCUGUGCUUCGUUUGCGUCUACCCCGUGUGUAUUGAAGGAUUUUAACCUCUUUAACGUGAUGUGUGAGGGAGCACCUGUUUAUUGACUUCGGUUGUGCUCGGAGACACGAAACGCAAUCUGGAGAUGUGGUGGCCCACUGCUCCCUUCUUCAUACUCUCCGAGCCGGAUUCGUCUCCAACUUGCUCGGACAGUUGGUCUAGCUGUACCCACUCGUGUCGAGGGAGUGAACGCAAGGCUUUAAUUGAGGAGAAGGCGAUCUCUUACCAAAAGCGUUUGCGAAGAUGGGAGGCGAGAGAGUUGCGGAUGGCCAAGCAGCACGCCCAGCGGAAGCAGCAAGAGGAGGCGAGGCUUCUGCAACAGAUCAAAGCUGCCAGAGAAGCCAGAGCAUUCCUGGAAAGUUACGACGACCGCUUGGAUGACGUCGCUUUUUACAACGGCGUAGCGAUGCUGAGGAAGCUGUUCGACCGCUCUCAAGAAAAGUUAUCGGACGACCAGGACAGGCUCGAGGAAGAGACGGAGCUGAAAGAACUCAGAGAGAAGUUGCAAGAAGAGAGCAAAGCAUCGGCGCUCAGAGAACGACAACGCACGGCCGCUAUCAACCGCGUGCACGCAUGGAAAGCACGCUGUCCUGCUGCUGAAAGUGCCGCGUCAUCACGAUGUCUCCAUUUGGCCGGCGGUGCCUCAGCAGAAGUGCUCCAAUCACCCCCAAUAUCACGUGCCCUGUGCGACGCUGCGUCAGCACACCCUGCUGCGACACCUGCCGGAAUACCGAAUGGCUACGCUCUGAAGGAGUUACCUGCCACGGCCAAUCAGAGCAGCAAGGAAAGGGCCUCCGUGUCUGCAGCACCUUCCUACGACGCCUUGCUGCCCGUGCCUUAUUCCCCGACGAUGCCAAGCGAUCCACGCACUGGAGCCCGGUCAUCAGCGACGUCAUCCGGUAGCUCUCGUAGUGAAAAUCCACGCAAAAAAAUUCGAGUGGUGUGCGACGCUUCCAUAUCUGGCGAGUCCAUCAGCAGCGGAGAGGUGGAUCUCGUUGUGUUUGGCACGAGGAGGACAAGAGUUGCUAACAGCACUGACGCCGCAAAGCAACCGGGCGCUGAGGAACCCGACGUGUGCCAGGAGAAAGAUGAAAUGCAACGCCUUCUGAACGAGACCUUGAAUGCAGUAAGCUCUGACGAUGAAGACGACGUCGUCGACGAACACAGGAACAAUGGUCAAGUGAAUGGCGUAGAAGUAGAUGCGGAGAGCAGUAAGCGUCAGAGGAACGGUACAGCGAGUUGUGAUCUGCCUGCUGCUGGAAUGACCUCCCAAGAGAAGAGGAAAUAUAUUGAGUCCCUGAUACCGGCACGAAGAGACGACCUCUUCCGGUACAAGGUCGAGCGUAACUUGAUGGACAAGAGUAUGGUGCAGGGUCACAUUCUUCCUUGGAUAUGCAAGAAAAUGGCCAAGCUGACCGGCAAGAGGCAACCAGUCUUGGAGAAGUGUCUUCGUGACAUGCUGAGGAAAGGCAGCUCACCCGCGGAAAUGCUCGUGCACGUCUUCCCGGUCCUGCACGAGAACUCGGAGCCGUUCGUUGUGCGACUUUGGAGGCUGGUUAUCUAUAAAACGGAGUGCAAAAAGCUGGGUCUCUUACGGUAGGGCCAUCUUGGUAGGACAGGCUUUCUUCCGGCGCCUCUCGGGUUUAAAGCGGCAGCGUUACUCUAGUUACUGGGAAGUCUCAGUUUCGUUACAGUCUCAGUUACGUUAUUUUAUGUACACUUGACUCUUUAAGUUAAAGGCGUCGACGUCGUGCCGCAAUGGCCGCCGUAAAUAUUGUGAUAUGGUUGUAUCGAUGUAAUGCUUCCUUUUGUUUUUGACGUCUGGGCGUAGGACGUGGUACGCAGUAAUUCAGACACAAAUAAAAUAUGUUCAUUGUUACUUAACCUA